GACGACGCGACGCGGCGUUCGCCGCGAUCGCGUUCGCGCGCGUGUUGAGCAUUACGCACGUAUACUGACGAUCGCCUCUCGUUCACCGUCACCGCGGAAUAAAUUAUCCUCAGGCACGACCCUGAUCGCGUGAAAAUAACGCGACAGAUCGAUUCGUGUCGUCGCGCGUCACGUCGCGCGCGGCCGGCAAUUACUUAGCGAGCGCUUACGAAUGCUACUACGGCAUGGAGGCAGGUGGUGAUGAUGAUGAUGGUGAUGAUGAUGAUGAUGGUGAUGAUGACAGCGACGGCCUUCCCCUGCGGGACGGUCGUGCGGUCGCUCGAGUUGCCUCGGAAAAGAGAGAAAAACACGCCGACGACAUUGCAAGGUUGGCGGAUGUUGCAAUCGCGGUGAUGCAAGCCAUCGGCGACUGCCGUCUCCUCCACGCGGUUUGCUCGCGACGACGCGGAAUCGCCGCCUGCGCCGCUCAGUGCAGCGUCUCCUCCUCCGCGAGUGCCGACCCUCCUGCGGUGUUCAUUCCGCGUCGUUGUUAAUGCGUUAAUGACAAGUCUCGGUGGUUUAUGCGCGCGAGCGAACACGACGUGAGACUUUAUUCGCCGAAAAUUUUAUCGGUUGUUCGUUUUCUGAGGGCUGCGAAGAGGAGAAACGAAGAAGAGGAGAGAAGAAUUGUGGGGUUGUCGCGACAGGGGACGACAGGGUGUGUCGGAUAGAAGAUUCUUCGAAAUGAUACGGCAGUGAUCGAUAAUCGCCAUGAGCAGAGAAGAGAGACCAUCCAGAAUGGUUCUUACUGUGACCGAGGACACCCCGGCAGACAUGCUGGCCGGAAGUAUGGAGCUUCUGGUACAGCUGCCUCUCGAUCAUCAUGUUCACACGCAGAAGGUCACAGUGUUACGAAGCACACCGAUGAUGGAUCUUCUCGUGCAGAUCGCGACGGCGCACAAAUUGACGGCAUCGAGCUACACCUUGCAGGCGAUUGGCGAACGCGGUUUGGUUCUACCUCAUCAUCCAAAUACCCCCAUAGGAGCUUUGGACGCACUUCAGGUUAAGUUACUUCCCAAGCAAGGCACUUGUGUACCGCGGAAAACGAAGCAAACUAAUCAACCUUUCGAAACGACUUUUAGAUUGCAGGUGCACCUGCCGAGAAAUCAGCUAUACGUGUCGAGGGUCAGUCCGAAGAUGAAUCUGGGAGAAAUUCUGGACGAAGUGUGCCGCGAGAAGAAUCUGGACAGGAACAAGUACGAGCUUCGUCAUCCAGCCAACUUGGAGGAGACGCUGGACCUGGCGCUGUCGCUGCAGGACUACCACCUGCAGGAGGUGACUCUGUACGCGAAGCAGGCGCGGACCCUGGGCCCGACGCUCAGCACGCAGGACAUAAUGGCGCUGCAGCGGCAGGAGGAGCGGCGCCGUCAGCAGACGAAGCAGAGCGUGUUCGGCUUCAUGUUCAAGAAGUCCAAGGAGAGCUCGUUGAGCACAGACAGCCUCGGCGGCCGCAGUGUGUCGCCGGCCAGGAGCGACGAGACCGGGAGGAGCGCCAGUCCCCUUCAGCCGCCGGCCCGGCCGCAGCGGAAGCGCAGACCAGCCCCGAAGCCGCCGACCGACGCAGUUGCGAUUGACCAAGACACGUCUGGGCAGGACGGCGGCAAGGACAAGAUGGUGAUCAAUCACAGCCGCAACAGCAGCGACAGCUCAGGUUACCACGAGGCUUCCGUUCUCAGCGACAACCCGGACUCGGCCGCGCGGUUGCCGGAGACCCUGCCGCGAAGGAGCAAAGCGCCAGGGAUGUCUGAUACCCCCAGGAAAUUGGCGCAGACCUCGCAGUCCAGCAAGAGCUUGGGCAACCUAGCGGUUGCGGCGACGACGGCGGCGGCGGCGGCGGCGACGAUGAUGACCGGUGGUGGCACGCUCACCCGGGGCAUCAGCAGCACCUCGCUCAGCUCUACCGGUCUCCGAAAGAAGAGAGCCGCACCUCCCCCGCCGGCGCCGAGACCGCUCUCGUCAGCUAUUUCGACGCAGGCCUUGGAACGUAUCGUCGACUCCGAGGAGUCGCUGACGUCCGACAUGGAUCCAUCGAAGCCGCCGUCGGACAUCGGCGCGCCAUCGAAAGCCAGCUCCGACAUCGACUGUCCAAAGGCCAACUCCGACAUCGGCAUCAGCACGCAAUCGAUGCGUCAAUUGGACUACAAGCCGAAAGCGGAAGUCUCCGCUGCCGCGGAAGCGUGCAAAUCCGCCGAGUCCGACGUGCCGCAGCAGAGCGUCCAGCCGCGUCCCGUUAAAUCAGACCCGGUCGAGCGUAAGCUCCUCGUCAAAGCGGACCCGGACGUGCCGGUCGCGCCUGUAGAAGCAGCCCCGAGGCUAGAACAAGCUAGAGUAGCGGCCAAAAGAGCUGGAGAACCUGCACCCCUUCCCACGCCUCGAAAGAUUAACGCAGCUCCGAAUAGCGCUCCGAUAGCUCCGAAGGUACCCAAACGUAAAGUAGCCCAACCGCCUUUGGCACUGCCCAGAACCUUCAGCACUGAACGCGAUAGCGCGAGCGGUUUAUCGCGCGAAGAGCACGUCGACGAGGCGCAUAGCGACGCUUCGAGUGUCGAGAUUACGACGGCACCGUCGGACGAAGGUGCUCCCGUCAAGUGUAUAGAGAGAGAAGAAGAAGCACACUUCAAGUCGAGAGACAAGUGCGCGCCUUCCGACGGGGAUAAGUCCAGCCAACGACGGAGAAAGUUAUCGGAAACCAUCAGCGAUGUUACAGUCGAACAUGACGCAUCCUUAAGAUCGCGCCAGAGUCACGAAAUGGAGAGCGACGUCGAGUCGGACUCGAAAUCUACGGAACCGACACACGUUGAAGCGGAGAAGAGGCGUUCCGAAAGCGAACACGACUCUCCGAGGGAGGAUGAAACGAGACGCGACAAAAGGACGUCAAACAUCGUCGGUGACGCGGAAGAUCUUGAAUCGUUAAAUCUGAAUGAAGCUUCGAGUUGUCACGAUGCAGACGCGAAGUGUGAAUCAAAUUCCAUCCUUGCGGGUCAGAGAGUGUCGUCAACGAGUGCAUCCUCGCUCGAAGUCACGUCUGAAAGGCAAGAGGGCCACUUAUCAUCGGCGCAAGGUCGCGAGGCGCAGCGUGAAGAUGAGAAUUCACGGGGCGAAAACGAGAAUCAGCGUGCCCGCGCGUACGCGCCGCCAGAAGACGACAGUCUGAACGAGAGUGCAACCAGACCACCGGAUCACGUGGCUGAAGAGCUGAAGAGAGUCGAGCAGCCGAGGCCGCUGCAUCGUGGAUCCGCUUGCCCAGAAAGACCGCCCAGGUCGCCGAGGAAAACGGUUUCUAUCCGCGAGAAGUCCGGGAGCAACGUCGAGACGGCGAAGUAUGUUCAUCCGGAGGACGCGACGACGAGUGACGACGCGAUAGUGAAGAGCAGCAUCCUCGGGAGAGACAGAGAAACCUGCUCGGUGAUCUCCACCAUACCCAAGUGCGAGCAUCUUGACGCUAUAAAGGAACACGGCGCUUUAGCGAGCCUCAUCGUCGCGUCGACGGAUCAUCAUCAACACGACGAUGAGCAUUCGCAGGUGAAGGAUGUGACGGCGGAGGAGUGUGAGAAACAGGAAGGCGGCGGAGCUGAGUCGCAUGGUAACGAGGCGAGGAGCGCUAAACGUCCAAAGGUGAUCAGAAGCCAGUCCAAGUCGGACGACUUCCAAAUGAAUGCCCUGAAGAGGCAGAGGAGAUACUUCACCUCGCCUCCGGAAGACAUCGUGUACGCAUUGAACCUGAACCUGCCCGAGACGCGAAACUCGAUGUCCUCGCAUGCGGCGAAGAUGGAACGACAACGGGCUGCUGCAGCACGGUGCACUAAUGGUACAAGGGAUGUGGAUGUAGAUAAAGGAGAAUCGCGCGGUGGACUAGUCACAGCAACCAAGGACAACAGCACACCGUCGGAGACCGACAUUCUGCUGCAAAAGGUGUCGGACACCCUGUCCAACGUGUUACCAUCGAACUCUUCGUCCCCGGAACCGUCGCUCCAGCUUGAGCGCACCAACAGCGUGCCAAUGCGAAAGACAAACGAUGUUGCCGACAUGGACACCAAGUUGAAGCCUUGCAAUGGCUCAAAGGACCAAUCGAACGAGAUCUCCAAGUCGUCGUACGUGGACUUCCCGGCGGAUACGUUAAGCUCGAGCACGCCAAACAUGACCUCGAACUUGCAACAAGACACCUCCGACUAUGUGUCAGCGAUGAGCGAGGACCUGUCUAUCAGCGACUGGGAGUACCAACUGCCAGCACCGCCGAGCGCCUUCCGCGACUCUCAUUCGCCCGUCUUCGACGAUUACGACACGGUCACGCUUGGCUCUGUGGAGGCGUUUAAGGAGUCGUUAGUUACCCAUCCGGGGUUAGCCGACACGACGGACAGUUGCAGCAAGAACGACGGAUCGAAGAAGAGGAAGUUGAAGAGCCUGUUGAACAACGUCGACGCGAACUACAACACGACGAAAGCUACGACCGAGAAAAUAGACUCUGUGCCGGAAGCAGAACUUAACGACGAUGUGAAGCGAGCGACGGACAAACAGACUGUCGCCAAGCAAGCACCCAUGAGCGCUGCGCCUAAAUCGGAGGCCAACGCUGAUCCGCGGAAGGAGAUGAUCUCCGAGCUGGAAAACAAGAUCGAGAACGGUACGUUGGCUCAGAACAUCGGUAAAGAUUUGGACCGGAGGAAUAUAGACAACGUGUCCGCGCCGAAGAUUGCACCCGUGGACAACACCUUGUCCAACUUCACCAUCACCACAUAUACCAAGCAGAAGAACCUGGACAUUUUCGACGAGUUCGAAGAAUCAGAUUACGUGAGGAACUCGGACGAAAGGUUCAUCAAGACCUUCGCCACAUUGUCGAGGAACAAUGCUGGCGUGGGCGGUCAUGAGAGCAAAAGUGCUAUGAGGGACAUGGGCCGGUUGACCAACGGUGUAUCGUCGCACGAUAGCAAAGUCACGGUGGCGGGUAAAAAUGCCGAAGAACCGAGCGCGAGCAACGUCGCUGACUGCAAAACGGAGCCAAAGAUUCGCAAUCAUGACGAGCCGGCUAACAACAGGUGGCAGUGCCUCAGCACGACCAAUAACGAGAGGGCCAACAAUGUUCAACGGUCCAAGAGCUAUAUAUCGACGACUAACAACGCCAAGUACCAGACGGAAUCGCAGGCAAUGAGCGAGAGGAAACACGACCCGCGAAGUGCUGAGCCGCCGGAGACCGCCGCGAUGAAGAAGGCCACGAGCACCAGCAGCCUGAACGUCGACGCGCCAAGGGUCAAUGAGAAAUUCUCGCAAUGGAGAGACAAUAUAUUGAAACGUCAAGAGGAGUGUACCAAAGAGAAGCAAUUACAAUCAUUGCAGGUGCUGAAAAGCAUUUUGCCGCAGUUGAAAAACGCUCAACAGGCGGAAGAAAAUGUGUCCAAAGAAUAUAAUAACGGCUUAUCAAUCGAGAAGACAAAAUACGAGGCUGGGUCCAACGAACAUUCGAGCAAGACGAAUGUAGUUUUGACACGCGAAUCUCGAGAUACGGAAGCGACGGAGUGCAGGCAGCCGUCAAGAGAAGAAAGCACGAAGCGUUACACUUACGCCGGUCCACCUGCGAUCAGUCUGGGCAGCUGGUCGGAAAGACCCAGCGUCAACGUCCAAAUCAAGAUGGACACCGAUUACAAGUUAGGCAGGAGUAACACGAGCGGUAACAAGACUGUGGUCAACAUCAACGGCGCGAAAGAAGAGAAGGACAUUGUCAACUAUACGAACAACAAUAUAAGCAGCAAGCAUCAUAUAGCUAAGCAUGAUAUCAAGAUCGACUCUAAGAAUCGCGAUGAGCUCUCGCAGAAGUCGCUGAUCACGCAUACGAUGACGUUGUCCGGUUUCAAGAAGCCAUUGUCGUGCCGAGUCAACACGUCCGUCGACUCGAUAAGGACGAAUGAAGAUAGACCCGUCGUGACGGGUGUUGAGCUGAAGAAGAGUUUCGUCGAGGUGAAGGAAACGCCGAGGAACGUCGAGAGCGAGAUCGACACCACGCCUGUGAAUUUCAGAGAAUUGACAAAGACGUUCGGUCAGCAUGUAAAUUUUAAACUGAAACCGAAACGCGCCAACAUCAACAGACACUCCGCGGAUUAUCAUGGUGCGCAGCUGGAGGAGACGGACGCGGGCGUCAAGCAAAAUGGUCACGGCAAGUUUGCGAGGAUGAACAACGAAAAUGAGAGUCUCCCGUACAAGGGUCAACCUUUGACGAGCGGCGCGCAGCAGAACUGUCGGCUGAGGAAGUUCACAUCCGUCGUAGGCGUGAAUGGCACGGGCCAGAGCUUCAACCAGCAAAACGAGACGGUAGUUCUCAGGAGCAAUGUUAACAACAAUGCCAAGAUCAACCCGCUGAUGCCCGUUGUGAAGGGAUUCAAAAUAUCCGUCAACGAUAGCAAGACGGGCAACGGCCAGUUGAACCAAAACGGGUUGUCGGCGAUCGAUGGCUCCAAGAAAAAUGCACAACUUCCUAAGCCGCCAACCAUGCCUGUAAUUACAGGGGUGACCCUGAAGAGCACUAGUACGAGGCCUAAGUCGAUGCCGGCCCAGAUGGAUCCUAGAGAUAUGCUGUUGGAAUCCAUCCGGAACUUCGGCGGACGCGACAAGUUAAAGAGUGCUGCGGAGAGAUUCUAGUUCGUGCAGUCCUCACGAAAAAGUAAGCAUUUGCAGAACAAACGGUGGAGCGAAGAAUUCAUUUGGGAUGGAAACGCUUCAAGAUUCACGGGUUUCUUUUUUUCUUAUUUCUUUUGUCGGAUGUAUACAAAUUUGCGUUAUUCUCAAGGUCAUUGAGUGUUAAAAAAAAUUGUCUAACCCUAGAAUACUACUAAGAAUUUUCUUCUGGAGGCGAGACUCUCGGUUCUUGUUGCUUUUAUACUUGUACAUUUUUAUUUUAUCUUUUCGAAAACAUAUUAGUAGCUAAGCGACAUCAAAUAAUGAAAUGUUUUGUUGUUUGAUUUUGCUGUCUAGUUGUAUUUUAGGGUUAAUAUAAAAACAUGUUAAAUAAUACAUAAAAUAUGAAAAAUAUUUUUGAGGAAGCAUUUACAUAUAAUGUUAUUCAUGGGAUAAAAAAGGUUACUCGCGUUUUUUUGCGUCAUUCAAUGUAAAGCAAAAACAGAAUCAAGCAUGUCCAUACGAUAUUAGUAAAGAGAUAUUAUGAGAUUUCUCUAGUUACAUCUUAUCGCAUAUAUUUUUUGCGGGAUAUACUACCAAUAAAAAUACCGAUAUUGAAUCCGACGGUAUAUGUCUCUACAUUGGUCAUGUAAAUAUGAUGUACAGAAAAAUAAGGUGAGGUAAACGAGAUUAUCGCAAAGCGAAGGGAAAUGUAUAUAUUGUUUGAAACAUGUGCUUGAUCGUGUAGAGAGAGAAAGAGAAGGUGUCUUUAUUUUAUUCAUUUGAAUAGUUAUAAACUCGACAUUGCUCAUUAAUUAAUAUGGAAAAGUAGAGAGAGAGAGAGAGAGAGAGAGAGAGAGAGAGAGAAAGAGAGAGAGAAGGAGAG